AUGAUUGGCCCUAAUGGCAAUGAAUCCAAUGCCACAUACUUCAUCCUAAUAGGCCUCCCAGGCUUGGAGGAAGCACAGUUCUGGCUGGCCUUCCCAUUGUGCUCCCUCUACCUUAUUGCUGUGCUAGGUAACUUGACUAUCAUCUACAUCGUGCGGACUGAACACAAUCUACACAAGCCCAUGUAUAUCUUCCUUUGUAUGCUUUCCGCCCUUGAUGUCCUCAUCUCCACUUCAUCCAUGCCCAAAAUGAUAGCCAUCUUCUUGUUCAAUUCCACUACCAUCCAGUUUGAUGCCUGUCUGCUCCAGAUGUUUGCCAUCCACUCCCUAUCUGGCAUGGAGUCCACGGUACUGCUGGCCAUGGCCUUUGACCGCUAUGUGGCCAUCUGCCAUCCACUACGCCAUGCCACUGUGCUCACAUUGCCUCGGGUUGCCAAGAUUGGCAUGGCCGCUGUGGUACGGGGUGCUGCACUCAUGGCACCCCUGCCUGUCUUCAUCAAACAGCUGCCUUUUUGCCAGUCCAAUAUCCUCUCACAUUCCUACUGCCUACAUCAAGAUGUCAUGAAGCUGGCCUGUGCCGACAUCCAUGUCAAUGUCAUCUAUGGCCUCAUUGUCAUCAUCUCUGCCAUUGGCCUGGACUCACUUCUCAUCUCCUUCUCGUAUCUGCUUAUCCUGAAGACUGUGUUGGGCUUGACACGUGAAGCCCAGGCAAAGGCAUUUGGCACUUGUGUCUCUCACGUGUGUGCUGUUUUCAUAUUCUAUGUACCUUUCAUCGGAUUGUCUAUGGUACACCGUUUUGGCAAGCAACAUGACUCCCUUUUGCCCAUCAUCAUGGCCAACACCUACCUGCUUGUUCCUCCUGUGCUCAACCCUAUUGUCUAUGGGGUGAAGACAAAGGAAAUCCGGCAGCGCAUCCUUCGACUUUUCCAUGUGACCACCCACACUUUGGAUCCCUAG